AUGGCAGCUUCAUGUAGCCGAAUACUCGAGUUGGCCAAGACUCAAUGUCGUAUAUUCUCACUCAAUUUCAAUCCCCAGAGGCUGCGACUGGGCAAUAAAAUUCUACGCCAGCGACUGCGAGGACCUUCACUUGCGGCGUGGUAUCCCAGAAAGACUGUUUCAUUCCGUGACUUGCAGGAUGCCUAUCGUCCGCUCGGCUUGACCGUCUUUGACGAGUAUGAGGACGAUCGGGAAGAGGCCAUUCAAAUUGCAAAACUGAGGGGGAAGGGAAGGCCUAAGAAAAAGAGAACUGCAGCUGAAUCACGAUCGGCGAAGAAGAAGAAAUAG